UUCAUGCUCUACGCACUACGGCAGAGGAGGAGGAGGAGGAAUCAAGGAGAGGGGCGAGUGAGCGGGCUGAUCUCGCGGGAGCUGGGCGAGGAGCUCUCGUGAGACGUCGGCGCCUGCCCGGAGGAGGGAGAUCCAAGCAGGGGACAGAAGCGAAGCGCUGGCGACGCGGACGGGCGCGCGGACAUGGCUGGCUGGGGCGGAGGUCAGGUGAACAUGGAGGAUGCGGAAGGAAAUACGAUGGUCUUCUCUGUUCUGAAAUCAUUCAACAACUUCUUGUCACAGUCUGUGGAGGAAACGUCUGAACCGGCCACAACACAAGUGCCUCAAGGGUCUCUGCAGUUGCAGUAUGAACAGAUGAUGAAGUUUGAAGAUCAGGCUGGGCAAAUCCGUUCUGGGACGCGGCUCUUGCAAGUGGAACGGGAGAAAAUGCAAAUGGAACUGAGUCACAAAAGGGCUCGAAUUGAGCUUGAGAAGGAGGCUAAUGCAAAUGCAAGAAAUUUUGAGCGGGAGGCUGACCAUAACAAAGAGCUCCUCAAGCGCAUCAAGCAGUGUCAGGAAAGAGAAACUGAGGCAGAAGAAAAGCUUAAAGAACAAAUUGAGAUUAACAGAUCCUGUCAGAAGAACACAGAGUCUCUGAAUAAGAAGUUGCAGGAGAAGGAGAAUAAACUGGCUGAAGCUGAUGAAACAAUUAGUGUGUUGAAGGGAAAGAUAUCUGAAUUGCAGUGGAACUUAAUGAAUCAGGAAAUGCAAAUGAAGAGCCAUGAAUCGCAGAAGCAGGAGCUGACUGAACAUUUGGAUACACUAUACAAAAAAUGGAGAGAGGCCAGUCAGCAAAUUCAGGUGCUACAAACAAAGGAAGCCCUGAUGGCUGCGAAGGAGCAGAAGGUUCAGGAUCUUGAGCAAAAGCUUUCUCUUCAAGAACAAGAUGCUAUAAUUGUGAAGAACAUGAAGACAGAGUUGGCGCUAUUUCCCAAAAUGGAACGGGAGCUGCAGCAGCUCAGGGAGGAGAAUGCCUACCUUAGGGAAAUGAAAGAAAACAACGGAUUGCUCAAAGAGGAGGUGGAGGGUCUCCAGAGGAAACUAGAGCGCUGUGAGAAGCUCCAGGCAGAACUGGUGGCUUUGGAAUUGGAGAAGGAGAGACUUCAGGAGAAGCUGACUACUUGGGAAAAACUGGACCAGAGGAUGGGCCUAGAUAUCAGGAGCCCUGAUGAUCUCUCCAGGCACAUCAUUGCCCUGCAGCAACGGGAGCUUGUUCUGAAAGAACAGAAUUCCGCCAUAUCAAGCAGUGCUAGGCUAUUAGAGAAGGCACGGAAGCAACUGCAAGAAGAGUUGCUGAAGAUCCAGAGCCAGCUACUGGAGGAGAAGAAAAAACGUGAGCAGCAUGAAGCCAUGGUCAGGUGCCUGCAAAAACGAGUGCAGCUGCUCAUAAAGGCACGUGAUGGAAUGAGAGCCAUUCUGGAUUCCUAUGACAGCGAGCUGAACCCAUCAGAGCAUUCUCCUCAGCUGAACUUUCGUGUGCGGGAGGCUGAGGACAUGGUGCAGAAAAUACAAGAACACUGUACUGAAAUGGAGGCUCAGUUGUCUCAGACUUUGGAAGAAGCAGGGAAUCAGAAGCAAAGAGCAGACAUGAUGGAGGCAGAGCUAGAGGUACUGAAGAGCCAGGCGCCCGCAACUGAUCCGAGCAUCUUCAUCGCUAGAGAGGAAGUGAAUUCACUGAGAUUAAAGAUUGAAGAACUGGAGACUGAACGAAGCCAGUUAAAAGAGGAGAACAGAACUCUGGAGAUGAGGAUGGAACAUGCCACUCUUCAGGGCUAUCAUGAUCCCAGUAAAACUAAAGUGCUCCACUUCAGCAUGAACCCGGCAAGCCUGGCCAAGCAGCAGCACCUUGAGGAGCAGGCACGUCUGCGGGAGGAAUGCGAGCGCUUGAGAGAGUUGGUCAGAGUGCUGGAAGGAGGAGAAAAACCUGAGGGGGCUGUAAGUCUGCAGUCACCCCAAGACAUUGCAGAACUAAAGAAACAAGUGGAGAGUGCUGAACUGAAAAACCAGCGCUUAAAAGAAGUUUUCCGGACAAAGAUCCAGGAGUUUCGCAAAGUGUGCUACAAGCUGACUGGCUACCAGAUUGACAUGACUACUGAGAACCAGUACCGACUCACCUCAGUCUAUGCUGAGCACAGGGAAGACUGCUUAAUCUUUAAGGCCUCCAGAUCCUCCAGUGCAAAGAUGCAGCUAUUGGAAACGGAGUUUUCACGGACGAUCCGUGAACUGAUUGAUCUCCAUCUGCUGCAACAGGACAGCAUUCCAGCCUUCCUCAGCGCCAUCACCCUCGACCUCUUCAGUCGUCAGACCGUGGCUUAGUUCUGCUUCAGCCGCUCUCUUCGUCGUCUUCGUCUUCGUUCGUCUUCGUUCGUCUUCUUCAGCCUUUUGCACCAUCUGCAGGUGGAUAUGACUAGCAGGGUCUCUGCCAAUCUUCUAGGAGCUCCCGAUGAAUGGGCCAUUUCUCACUUAAGUUGCAGUUUAAGAUUCCAGCUUCUGAAGCAGGAACUUCCUAAAAGCCUUCUGUGGUUUCUCAAAGAAGUAGCCAAAGAGAUCCCUCCUCCCUGCCCCACAAGCUUAAAUUGUUUUAUUUGUCCCUAUAUAUUGGAUAUUUGUGGCCAACACUAGUUAGGCAAUAGGGGGCAUCUGCUACUUCUCUCUGGAAAAGGGAGUCAGGUGAGGGAGAGUUCCUGCUGCCUGUUAAAGACAACCAAAAGAAAAAUGACUUUCUGGCCAUCCUGGUUAUCUAAAAAGAGUCCUGGACUGUUCCCAGAGCAUAUCCCAUUAAAAAAUAUCUGAGAGAAAGUAGGGAGUCAAGUGACCCUUUGGGUUCCAUCCCAGAGAUUCAUGGUGAACCCAGCCCCUGGCAACAGUAAUGAUUUUCUAGUUCCAGCCUAACUUGUCAGCGGGAAAAGGCCAAGCACAAAUCGAUUUUUGUAUCUAAAUCCCCCACCUUGUACUGCUCUGAUGCCACUUGAGUAUUUUCUCUUCAGACUGUAUCUGAAAUCCCAGGAUUGGGGAUGCUUGUGCCAAUUUUGCUCCGUAGGUGGACUGUAGCCAGAGAUUGGGAUUGGCACCUUCCCCCUGUGCCCGAUGGGGCCUUCUCACCGUCUGUUAAUUACUCAUCCUACCUUCAGCUUUGAGGGGGCCAAGGCAAGAUGUGUUUUUAAGGCAGCGUCAAGCCAGGGGUUUGGCAAAUAAAGUGUUGCUUGUG